AGUAUUUUUUUUUUUUUUUUACAUCAUCCCUUGGUUUGAUGCUUUAUUUUUGGUAAGAAUGAAUAGGAGUUAAAACAGCUUAGCUAUUAAAGUUGUUGGCUUGUAAAACAUGCAAUAAUAAGUACUGGAAAUGAAGCAUUUGAUGUGCUUGUCAUAAGUUAUUUGUAUUCAUGUUUAAUCCCCCUUUUUAGGGCUGCAGGCACCGGUAGGUAAGACUGACUGGAGCAUGCAUGAAAGUUCUAAUGUAGAACCUGGAUCAUCCACAUGGGGGCAGUGUUUCAAAUCAUUUUAGUACGAAACAUGAAAGUUCUCUCGGCUCUUUUGCAUCAUGGCGGUAAAUCUCCCAAGCUUCUCUCAGCCUGGUUUGGAGUGCUUUAAUCAACUACAACAGGAAGCCGAGUUCCUGGUGUGUUCAGUCAGACAGCUGAAAGACUCCCAGGCCCGGUACGCUCACGCACUAGAGAGCUUAGAGAUCGUGAGCAGAAACAGAAAUGGAGAAUUCCUUGUGCCCCUCACUAGCUAUAUGUAUGUUCCUGGAGCUUUAAACACGGACCACGUCAUGGUGAACAUCGGGGCCGGGUUUCAUGUGGAAAAGAGUACGGAGGAGGCCAAGGCCUUCUUAAAGCGGCAGAUAGAUCUCGUCUCAAAGCAGGUGGAAAAGGUUGAGUCAGUUGUUGAGGAGAAAUGUUUAAUCAUCAAGGGAGUGAAAGCGUCUGUUCUGACAACGGGAGCUGCCAACCGUGGGUCAUGAAUUCACCUGCCUUACGGGUAUCCAGGUGUUAUUGUGUCAGCACUCACAUAAAGCAUAGCUCUGCUACCUGAAGUUUAAUUGUUAUUAGUUUUCUUAAGUUAAUUGUUUUCAUUCGAGUUGUUUGAGAUACCGUUGCUGGUUUAAAAAUGUCAUAUUUUAAAGGUUUAUUUUUGUGCCCUGUUUUUUGGGUGAAAUGGCUCGGAUGUGCGGUAUGUUGGGUUUUCUUCAAAAUGUUUCACCUGUAUGUUAAAACCCAUGUUAUAUUGAUUGUAGUGGUAGAGGAACAUGCUGUGAUACAAAUAACAAUUUUAUUGUUAAAUGUUACUUUUAAAAAAACUAAUUAUUUUUCAUUUAUGUAACACUAAAACACAC